GCAGCGGAGAGACGACGACGCAGGACACGCCCUCGUCCUGGGGCUGCCCGGGAAAGCCCUGGCAGGCGCUGACGGAGGGCAGCGUGUCCAAGGACGAGGCCAUAGCGAACCUGAACGCGGCCAACGGCGCCAUGGUGGUCCUCUUGCGGAUUGUGUUCUGCGUGCUGGCCUGGGUGAGCGUUUACUGCAUACUGUCGCCUCUCUCUGCCAUGGCCGAGACGUUCGGGGGCAUCGCGAACAUGAUCCCUUGCGUCGGAGGGUACCUGGAGAACUUCAUCGAGGGGGUGGUGGACUCUGUCCUGUGUUGCAUCUCGUGCAGCGUCGGCCUCUCCUGCGCGCUCUUCGCCAUGGGAGUGGUCUGGAUCGUCAUGCGGCCCCUCUGGGGCAUCGCCCUGCUGCUCGCGUGCGCCGUGAUCUGCGCCUGCGGCUACGCCGUGCGCAAGCAGGCCGGCGCGCCCAAGAGCAGGCGUGCGCGCGAGGUUGCCCCGAUGUCGGCGCAGGCGAUGUCGCAGCCGAUGAUGGGCCAGCUCGGCUUCGUCGCGCCACAGAUGGCGGCGCAGCCCGCAGCCGUCGCGCCAGCUGUGGCGGUGCCUCAGCCGACCCUGAUGCAGGUCACCUGCCCGGAGAACCUGGGGCCAGGCGCCCCGCUCGUCGUACAGGCCCCCGACGGGCGGCAGUUGCAGGUGACCGUGCCAGCCGGCGUGGGCCCGGGCAUGCAUUUCCAGGUGCAGGUGUAA